GGCGCGGGGGAUUCCCCGAGGGAAGUUCCCAACGCGUUAUAAAACAUGUAACAUGUACAUUUGUUCGAAAUACACCAUAUCCUCUCCCACACGUCGUACAUAUAGGCCACUCGAAGAAUAAGAAGCUGUCGCAGUAUCAAAACAAUAGUUUGGCAAUUUUCGAAUGAAGGUUCCCAAGAAGACGGUGGCCUUUAUUAUUAUUGAAUGAAAGAAGUUUGGAACCACCAAGACUUUUCCUAGAGCUGUUCCCAUGGCCAAAUUGUGCAAUCGGGGGAGAAGGGCCUUGGCUAGGGAUGUGACCAAGAACUCAAUGGUCACUUUGCAGAGCUCCAGAGUUCCUCUGGGGUGAUUGGAGAACCUUCCAGAAGGACAACCAUCUCUGCAGCACUCCGCCAAACAGGCCUUUAUGGUGGAGUGUCCAGACGGAAGCCACUCCUCAGUAAAAUGCACAUGACAGUCUCCACCUAAGGACUCUCAGACUAUGACCAACAAGAUUCUCUGGUGUGAUAUAAGCAAGAUUGAACUCUUUGGCCUGAAUGCCGGGACUGGGAGAGUAGUCAGCAUCGAGGGGAAAAAUGAACAGCGCAAAGUACAGAGGUCCUUGAUGAAAACCUGCUCCAGAAUGCUCGGGACCUCAGACUGGUGUGAAGGUUCACCUUCAUAGGCCUUGAAAAACCACCCUCGAAUAGGCUACUGGUUUGGCAAGUGCCACUGGCUGCUGGGCCCAUGACUGCCGUGUCAGUAAUGAUCGUGGAGCGCACGGCAUGGAGAGGAAUAUUGGAGACCAGCUCAACAAGGCAUUUGAAGCUUACCGCCAGGCCUCUAUCGAGCGAGACAGCGCCAAACGGGAACUACAGAAGACGAAUGAAUAUUAUCAACGGCACACUCAGAAACUUCAGAAACAGAUAGAAGACCAGCAGCAGUUGAUUUCAAAACUCAAAGUUCAGUUGAUAGCAGCAACUAAGCAACCUUCAGGAGAGGUGAAAGGUGAGGCUGUUCCUAGGAAACAGGAAGAGGAAACCCUGUCUCCUUCCAACCAUCGCUUUGACAACCCAAGCAGCUCCUUCCGGAAGAUUCAUUACUUGAAAGGGAACAUGGAAACUGCAAUGAUUGUGUCACCUUCACCACACACAGCACCUGUAAACAGUUUUGAGAAAAAAUAUGUUUUUGAGGCGUUUCAAGCUCUUCAGGGGAAAUUCCAGCAGAUACAGACAUUAACCCGGAGACAAAAAGAUCACCUGAAAAAAAUCUACAAAGGAAAUUACAUGGCAAAUGAGCAGCAGUUCUCCAUGCCCAUUCAGUGUACAGACGUGACUGCGGAGCAGGCGGAGAGGCCCUUCCCCUCAGCCUUAAGGCCAGUGGUCAUCCUCCAGCACCCGCCCACGUCCCUGGCAUCCCGUGGUGCCAGCCAAGGGGACAGAGACCUAGUGGACUCCCUCACCAGACUCAGCGUCAAGUUCCCCCCCUCCACAGACAGUGAAUACGAGUUCCUGAACAGCGCUCCAGAGAAACACUUUGACCUGUCUAUGCCAACGGAACGGGCAGCAGUCAACAGUUUCCCUGCCGUCAUAGAGGAAUCGUCUAUGGAGCUGGCCAUCCCAUUCCUGUAUCCUACGUCUCCCUCUCACCCCACCUCCCUCUCCACCUCACUCUCAUACGAGAGUGUGCGUGGACCCCUGCAGCCUCUGUGGAGCCCUGAGCUUUGUGAUGCAGCAGCAGCACAGGCCGUGAGUGCGAAGCCACAACAACAGAUCAACAACAGCCCUGAUAUCUGUGCCUACUGCCAUGCGGUAGUUCCCCAAGACCAUAUGAAAAGCCACCUUUUCACUCAUUGCCAGAGGGAGAGUGAAGCCAGCAAUUGACACUAGCAGACAGUGGCUGCCCAAUGAAACACCUCUAGGCUUAAUUCAUGGUUUAUUCAUGUCUUUGUUGCCACGCCAUGAAUUACACGCGCUGGGCUGGAUGUCACAUGACACUGGCGUUGGCAACGGGACUCGAAUCCACUCUUGAUCAUAUAUUUAAUUUGUGAGAGUUGAAUGGUACAUUUUACAGUCAUCGUCUUAAGAUAUUUCUUUGAAAUUGUACAUCUCUAGACCUAUGAAAUGAUAUUGUACAGUAUGUAGGUUUAUUACGUAUAAUAAAGCAAUAAUUUAAUCUUGA